AUGUAUUAUAGAAACUAUUAUGAUUUUGGUUGGAGUGUGCUUGGAGGGUCGUUGAUUUCAGUAGCAACAUCAUUAAAUCUCCUUUACUAUGGAAGAUAAACUAAUAUAAGUCAAAACAUAAACCAAUUUCUUCGAUUGAACCAGGAUAAAUUUAGUACUGACUAUAAUCAUAGACUCAUGAGUAUCAGUUUUAUUUCGGGCUUGAUUAUGAUACCAGUUUUGAUAAGAUAAGUAUUUGGAAGGAAGAUUACUUUUCCAAAUGAUUACACCUUGACUAUUUUCGAUCCUGAUGAUAUAGUCUAUAUGAUCAACACAUGGGGUUGGAUAAUCGGAGGAUUGCUAGUUGGAUACGGAGCAAGCAUUGCUAGAGGAGAUAUCAGUAAACAUUACAUGUGUGGAGUGCCUAUGCUAUCCAAAUCAUCAAUAAUGUUCACUGCCUUGUCAAUACUUUCAGCAGGAUAUUUUGCUUUGCAUAAGUCCUCUUUUUUACUGUUGCUAAAUAAUGGAAUUAUUUGGAAUAAAGAAAUCUCCCAGAUGAUUCACUAUGCAAGUUUCGUUUGCUUUUUGUUUACAUAAGUUAUCUUGCUAUUCCAAAUAUUGAAUGGAGAGCUAAGAUAAAAUUAAAAAGUGUUGAUCUUGCAUUAAUAUCUGUAUGGAUCAUUAUUCGGCUUGGGUUUAGCUCUAAGCGGAAUGUGCAGACCUUCAAAAGUAAUGAAUUUUUUGAUUUGGGAAGAAGACUGGGAUCCUAGUUUGAUGGUUUUCCUGGUUACUAUAGUGUUCUUAAACUUUUUGACUUUUAUGUUUAUACUUAAAAGAGAUUCCCCUAUAAAUGAGUAUGACUUUUAAGUUGAAGAGGAGAUAAAAUUUUAUGAUUUGAGAUUAAUAGUGGGUUCUGUGAUAUUUGGAGUAGGAUGGGCUAUAGCUGGCAUAACUCCAGCUACAGCUAUAAUAAAUAUGUUCAUCUUUGCUUAAGGAUUCAUUUUUGUGAUAUCAAUUUUCAUAGGACAAAUACUUUAUGAAAAGAUGCACACUCAUGUGUAAUAUAAUGUCGAAAGGAAUUCUUUGCAUGAAAAGCUUUUGCAUUAUUGA